CCCCGCCCCCGGCCGGCGGCGGCCCCGCGGCGGGAGCCCGCAGAGGCGGGGCGGGCGGGGCGGCACAUGGGCGGUGCGGCCCGGCCCGGCCCAGCCCAGCCCGGCCCGCAGCAGCGCGGCGGCGCAGAGCGAGGCGUGUCCCCCCACCCCCGGCCGCAGCCCGGCCGCGGGUCCCGCGGGCGGCGGAGGCGGGUGCCGCGGCCCGCCCGGCGCGGAGCGGCGUCCGCAGGCUCUGCGCGGAGCGGCAGCGAGCAGCCCCCAGCCCCGCCGCCGCGCCCGGCGCCUGCGAAGGAGCCCAGACGCGUAGCAGCUCCAAGACCCAGAGAAAGAGCUCUCAGGAUGCCAGAGCCAGCAAAGUCCACCUCUGCCCCCAAAAAGGGCUCCAAGAAAGCUGUGACGAAGACCCAGAAGAAGGGCGAUAAGAAGCGGCACAAGAGCAGGAAAGAGAGCUACUCCAUCUAUGUCUACAAGGUGCUGAAGCAGGUCCACCCCGACACCGGCAUCUCCUCCAAGGCGAUGGGCAUCAUGAACUCCUUCGUUAAUGACAUCUUUGAGCGCAUCGCUGGAGAAGCAUCCCGCCUGGCCCAUUACAACAAGCGCUCCACCAUCACCUCCCGCGAGAUCCAGACGGCAGUGCGCCUGCUGCUCCCGGGAGAGCUGGCCAAGCACGCUGUCUCAGAGGGCACCAAGGCUGUCACCAAGUACACGAGCUCCAAGUAGCUGGAUGUCACCUCUCCAAUGGGACCAUUGACCACCGGACCCUCCGCGCAAGCACAGGCAGGCAGCCACGGUCCAGAUAAACAUAAUGGCUAUUAUCCACAGCAAUUUACAGCCUUGGGAUGGGCGUGAGAAGCUGCCCAAUGGAAGAGGAGACAGUGAUCUGGAUGUUGGCUGAUUUUCAUAGUCUGUUUGGGGCAUGCAGCAGGUUUGGCGAGGCUGGUGGAGGAGGCCCCUGCUUUCACAUCUCAUCCAAAGGACUGACCAACUGUAGUAUAUCCAAACUCUUCUCUGUGCUUGGCAACAUGCACGCUUGGCACUGACUGGGGAGACCUGCAGUGGCAACACAGAGACACCGUCUCUUUAAGUCUUCCUGUUUGGCUGCUUUCUCACAGUCAUCCAAGAUGGGCACUGAGGAGUCAGCGCUGGCACCCAUCCUCUCCCUCAUAGCCCAGAUCCACCCCAGUGUACAGCAGCACAGCCCACCCCGUGCCAGCAGAAGUGUCAUUGACAGCUACCAGUCAUGAGCUAUAGAAUAAAAUCCAUACUGAUUCAACAGCUAUCUGUGCUUGACAGCCUGUUUAAAGAGCAAGCCUGACAGCAGAUGCCUGGGAUGAAACCAAGCACUAUUCCUCAUUGCUGCCAGUGGAUGAACCAUUAAGCAAGCUGAGGGUGCCAGCACUGGAGCUGCCCACUGCCUCCCACCUUGUGCCAAGGCAGACAGACAGGCAAGGGGGGAUGUUGGGACUGGGUCGCUACCUUCCCUGACUGCUGCUUUUGGACUUGCUUUGUGUGCAAGACAUUGCUACUUCUGCUGCUUUUCAGAGACUUUCCUGCGUCGACACUGCCUCUGCUCCCUGACACCAUACACAUGGGUGAGAUGGGGUGGUGCCCAUGGGAGUCCCAUCUCCUGUGAGCACUGGGGUGGUGCAGGACAAGCAGCACAGAGGUGUGGGGAGGGGACUGAAGGUUUGGGAAGGGAUCUGGAGUGGGAGCAGAGGUGGUUAAUGCAGGCUGGGUGAGAGGCAGGCUCUUCGCAGGGAUCACUGUGGGCAGUUCACCUCACCCUGCCCUCCCUGCUUGGGUCACUGGUUGGAAAGCGAAGGCAAAAACUGGGGCUGAGUGGAUAUAUAGGGACACUUGCCUGCAUCUAAGUGACAUUUCAAAGGCUAAAUAAUCUUAAACUGUUUCAGAUAGUCCCCACGUCUUCUCAAAGUCCAUGGUAUGGUGAGCAAUAAUAAAAGCCAUAGAGGUUAGUGGAGGAAUGUCUUGGUUGCAGGUUCUCUUGCCCAGACUGUUGGAUAGUGGGAGAGCAUGUGUAGAACUGGUGUGAAGUUGAAGCUUCCUACUCAAAACACAAAAUUAGCCAUCAUUAAAAAGAAGAAAGAAAAUCCAAAUCUCUGGUAGGCAGUAGCACUCAGAUAAAAAAUAUUCAGGUCUAAAAUAACAACUACUUUCUGCAGCUUGUUCCAUGAAUAAAAAGGGCAGCAAAGACCCAGGAGCUAACUGCAGGUUCUCCCCAAACUCCAAGACCUUGCUUUUAAUUGAAAGGUAAAUUCGUACCCUGAAAUACCAGCCUCGCAGUACAUCUCUCACUUUCCUCUGUGUUUAUCUCUGUCCUGUUUCUUUACAGUUUGAGAGUGAUGGGGACACUUGACAAGUUUAUAUCGCUUUUGGAGCUGUAGGACUCUGCAGCUCCAGAAGAUUCAGUUAUUUUUGGUUUUUAUAACAGUGUUGCAGUCAUCUUCCUGUUGGUCUAAGGAAGGGACCACAUGGACCUGCUCAGCCCAGAGCACGUCAGAAAGCCAGGAGCAGCGUGGUGUCUUGUGGUCUCUGUGCAAGAGCAGAGGUCAAGUUGCUUAUGGGCUGCUCCCAUCCCCCUGCUUGGGGUUUAAACACCCCUUGCCCAAAAAGGGGCUUUCCUGCCCUGCUUGGGUCAGUGACAGCACACAGCCAUGUUUCAUCCCUAAGGCCAGCAGGAAUGCCUGGUGAUACCUUUCAGAAAGAGCAAAUGCCGCUCCCCAGGUGUCAGCUCCCACGAGCAGCAAUACCUGUGCUCAGUGGCAUUAGGUAACCUGGGCCACUUGGCCAGGACACUUUAGAGUGACAGCUUAGUACUUCCUUUUGUUUUCCAAUCAAAAAGCCGAAAUCACAUGCCAAAGAUGAAAGUGUACCUGCAGUGGUCCAAGAGCCACUGGCCUUGGUCUCUCUCCCACCAGAAAUCAGACAGCAGAUAAUGCAGAAGGGGAAUAUAGGGAGUGAAGGGCUGGCUGGCAGUGCUGGAGCUUCUUCCUCGUGUCCCUGGGACUCAUCCCCUUGGGGAGUCCUCUGGGAAGUAGGAAUUUUGAGUGGAAUAAAUCCACUCCAGUCCAAGGUGUGUGUAUGAGCCAGGACACACAUCAGCUGGGAUUACCUGUCACGGCCUCUAAAUCCUCGUUCUUUUGAGCAGAGUCCUGCUGCAAGAAGUCAGGAAAGAAAACAGGGCAUUGACCCUCCAGGAUCUCUUGGGCAGCUCGAGGAGCUGGGGGCAAGGCUGGGCUCUCGGACCAGAGCUGCUGGCCCCAUACUCACAGUACUGGUCUCAUUUUCUUCUGCUGCUGUUGCCACUCUCCAUUUUUGGAGAUUGUUUCAGAGAGAGGAGGAACAGCAAUUUAAGGCUAUAAAAAUGCUUGACAGCUGAAAGAGGAUCUUUUAUGUUGUCUAAAGUCAAGUGACUGAGACCGGUCAUGUCCAUCCAGUUAUAUAUGGUUCAGGCUGUCAUUUCGUACAUCAUUUGCUCUUCACUCUCCCUUUAUAUCAUUUCUUUACUUGUCCCCGAUAAUGGGGAGCACGGGAUUGAGGAACUGAUCCAGGUUAAAAUGAACCUGUUUGCUUGUUUGUUUUGUUGUUUGGGGUUCUUUUUUAGAUAUUCUUGCAAGUUUUGUUUUAGUACAGUCCUGGUGGCUCUGAUCUUUCACUGUUGUACAGACACUUGUGCCAGCUAAGGGAAGGGCUGAUCCAGGAAAGGCAAGGCUAGCAUAAGCUAGGGCUGCUGCAGAAAGCAGUUGGGAAAUUAAUGGCCUUAGUGUAGAAAGGAAAUCUGCGUCUCCUGCAGUGGUCCAGUUCACAGCAACGACGUGGCUUUUAGAUACAUCACUAGGGGUGUUACCCUUGCAGUGUCCCACAAGCAGUUCGUCUGACGUUGAAAUCAGAUGUAUCCCAUUUCUGCAGAUCCCAGAGGACUCGGAUGUUGCACAAGGGAAAGGGAGCAGGAUGGGAAGGGCACUCUGCUCACAAAUGCAGGCACCCAGCUGCAGUGGUUGGAGUUUCCUUGUUCGGAAGACAACAGCACAUGAGGCAGCCUGCCCUGCCCACAGCUGCCUGCUGCUGCAUGGGAGCACCCUCACACCAGUGCAACAGGAAUUACUUUGACUGUGAUGAGCUUGGGCUGAGCCUUAGUAGUGGAGGUAAUAGAAGAUGGUCUAAAAGUUCAAGGAUAAAUUGGCCACUUAGUAAUCUGAAGUGUGACAUAUUCCACCAUUCCCUGGUAAGGGCAUUGGCUGCAGAAGAGGAGUUCUGCACUUCAGGCUUUUAAAAACAUGUAUAUUUCCAGCUCUGGAAUUGAUAAAACAUUUUUAAAAUUAAGAUAAUACACCAAGCCCCACUGUCCCUGCCUGAUUCUACUGCAGUCCCAGAAGCAUCUCUGGGCCAUUCCUGUAUUUGGAAAAGAAAGCUGAAAAAGUAACAUGGCCUUGACAUUAACCUCAUAUAACCCAGUGGACAUCACUGCACUGAGUUGUUUCCAUGUACAAUUCAAGACAUAUAACUAGCUGCUGUAGAUCUACUCCUGAUUUUCCACAUAGAAAGGUCUGAAAAUCCACCUGCCCUUCACAGCAGAGCUCGACCUACAGAAGAACUGAGCAGCCACAUGCACAGAGGUUUGUUCUUACUCAGGACAGAAAAGUCUUUAGUCAUGAAUGGGGAGAAUGAGUAAAAACAAGUGUGGAGGAUGAGCGCCUGUGCUGGGCACCACUGCGUGUCCUGGGAAGGGAUGCCUGAGCUGCAACCGCUGAAGAGCCCUGCCCGGAGGGGCUGUGUGCCCAUCUGCCCUGGUGACAGGCAGCCAUGUGGAGGUAGCCCCAAGACUGGCCAUCGUUGCAGUCAAGCUUGGCAUGGCCUCUGCACAGCCGUGAGCAUUUAUCCCAUCAUAGUGUUUCCUGACGGUUUGCAUCCAGACCAGUUGUUUACAGGGAAAGGAAGAAUAUGAACUAAAUCAUAAAAAUCACUUGCUGACGGAAUUCCGAGAGUUCCCUGGGACCAGCACCAGGGGAAGAAUCUCUCGUGCUUACUCCAUGCAUGGUAUCUUUUGGGCUUAUGUACACAGAGUUUUCCUGACAGUAAGUGUUACAUCAAGUAUGAUCUAUGUUAUAUUACUGCUGAUUCAUGACCUGUCUUACUGCUGAUUACCUGUUUUCUGUUAAAUGUAUAAAUAAAAUGUAAAUGCCAACCUGUUGAAAGUCGGACGAGA